ACGGAUCUGUCUCGGCAUGAAUUUGCAUUUCUUUCUACCUGUGAAACCGCAGUCGGUGACUUUCGUACGCCCGACGAAGUGAUACACCUAGUGGCUGGCCUGCAAUUUGCCGGGGUUGACAGCGUUGUGGGGACAAUGUGGAAGUCGAGGCAUUCUACAAAAAACUUAUGCAAAGACGGUCCAAUGAAUUCCAGACGAGCUGCCUGGGCGCUGUACCGAGCUGUCCAGUCGUUGGCUUGUAACGAGAAUAUCAUAAUGCCCUUGGACCGGCGCAUAGUGUUCGUGCAUAUUGGCAUAUGAUCAAU